CAGUCGGUACAGCAAUGUCCGCUUCAAUCAAAUUUGCCACCGGGGCAGCAGUGCUGUCCGGUGUGACUAUUCUUGCUUGUCUUUUCUUUGCCGCCCAGGUCUUCAAUGACGUCAACUCUCUCUAUGAUGAGGUUAUGGUCGAUAUGGAUGCGUUCAAGGUUAAAUCCAACAUUGCCUGGGAAGCCAUCAACGACGUGAUUGCACCAAACCGUGAGAAGAGAGGAUACGCUCAAUAUGGAGGAGGCGGCGGAUAUGGAGGUGGACACGGAGGAGCCGCCGUCGGAGGUGGAUAUGGAGGAGCUGUAGGAGGAGGAGGCGGUGGAGGCUACGGUGGAGGACACGGAGGAGGCCAUGGAGGAGCCGUCGGAGGAGGAUACGGAGGUGGUGGCGGCGGAGGUGGUGGAUGCCAAUGCUCCCCAAGCUCCAACACCUGCCCACCAGGACCACGUGGACCACCAGGACAAGCCGGACUUGAUGGACUCCCAGGAGCCCCAGGACAACCUGGAUCAAACGGAGGAGCUGGAUCAAAUGGAGCUUCCGAGGGAAGCGCCGGAGGAUGCAAGACCUGCCCAGCCGGACCACCAGGACCACCAGGACCAGCCGGACAAGCAGGACGCCCAGGAAACGACGGACAGCCAGGAGCCCCAUCAUUCGGAGGAGGUGUCGGAGCACCAGGAGCCCCAGGACCAGCCGGAGACGCCGGAUCACCAGGACAACCAGGAGCACCAGGACAGCCAGGACGUCCAGGAAAGAACGCACAAGGAGGAUCUUCCCGACCAGGACCACCAGGACCAGCCGGACCACCAGGACCACCAGGAAACAAUGGAGCUCCAGGAGGUGGAUACGGAGUUGGACCACCAGGACCACCAGGACCAUCCGGGCGCCCAGGAGCCCCAGGACAGCCAGGACCAGACGGACAGCCAGGAGCUCCAGGAAACGAUGGAACCCCAGGAACCGACGCUGCCUACUGCCCAUGCCCAGGGCGUGGAGGAGGCGGAGGAGGAUAUGGAGCCGGUGCUCAUCACGGAGGACCACAAGGAUUCUCCCGCAGAAAGGUUGCUCGCAAGGUUCUUGCCAAGAAGCGUGUUGCCGUUCAACGUAAAGCUGCCGCAGCUGCUCGUCACGCUUAAGCCUACUUUUUUCAUUCAAAAUAAACGAUUUGCAUUCAAA